AUGGCGCGACGAUUGCGCAGUGAUUCGCGGCGAGCGCCCCGCCGACGCUCUCCGUCGCUGCCGCAACGUCGGCCUCGCGACGGAAGCGUUGCUGCGGAAGCGUGCUCUGACUACAGUUACAGCUACUACGACGACGUCGACGACGGAUACGUGGACCGCCGGAGGCCGCCGCGGCGUGGGUCUCGGACACCGCGGCCUCGCAGCCGGCGGCGCCGGCGGCCGCGUCGCCGAGGAGCAAGUCACUCCCCUCCGGCGAAACCUUUGUUCACGGACAUGGCAUACCGUUCCCGGAAUGACCUUCGCACGUACAAUGAUUUCUGUGAGCAGGUCGGCAUCAAAGGGCGCGUGAUUGCGAAGAUCCGUGGCAUGAUGCAGAACAUGGAGCGGGCGGACCUGGAUCGGCUAUUGGACCCCACUGAGGUGGACAACAUCCGGAAGGCCCAGAAUCCGAUCGGCAUGGCCAUCAAUCGCAUUCGGACCAUCGAGAGGGAGUCCGGCCGUGCGAGGGAGAUGCAAGAUCGCAAGGGAAGUGGGAAGGGCCGUGCGCCGACUCCCCCACAGGCCCACAGGAGCCUCGAACCGCCGCCGAAAGCCCGGCGGCGGCCAAGCAGGAGCCGAAGUCGGUCGCGUCCGUCUCCGAAGCGCGAGGCGCCGCCGCUACCGAGGCGUUUGAGGCCGGACUCCGGAGGAACCAGGCCGGCCAGUCGGAAACCGUCGGACAGCCGCCGGCCCUCCAGGCGGGCUGCCGAUCGGGGUGCCUAG